AUGUCCACCCGUAAGAGAAAGCAAGAAGCCGAGGAGGAGGAAGAACUCCAGGCGCUUCCUAGCGACGAGAGCGAAGAGGAAGAAGAAUACGAAGACUCCGAAAUAGGCGAAAGCGAAGAAGAAGAAGAGGGUAGCGAAGAAGAAGAGGAGUUCGAAGAGGAAGGAGAAGAAGAGGUAGAGGAAGCACCCGCCAGGGACAAAGCUCGUCCCUCCAAGCGAAGAAAGACAGUUCCCGCCGGUGACGCCGAAGAGGAGGAGGAGGAAGACGAGGUCAGAGAGAACGGCAACGGCGUCCCCGCCAACGGCGAUGAGGACGAGGACGAAGAAGAAGACGGAGACGGCGAACCAGAAGAAGAAGAACCCGAUGCCACCGCCAAAACCAGCGGUCCUGCGGCGGCGGCGGCCAAGGCUAAGGGUAGCACUGUUCCCCGGGAGCCUGAGGUCGACGUUGGGGAGGAGGAUGAGGAGUAG